CAGGAUGUCGGUCUUCCUGGAGGAGCUGCUGGGCGACAAGCUGGUGACGGGCUGUGGCGAGGAGGUGGACGUGCACUCGCUGGGCGCCCGCGGCAUCGCGCUGCUGGGGCUCUACUUCGGGUGCAGCCUGAGCGCCCCCUGCGCGCAGCUCAGCGCCAGCCUGGCCGCCUUCUACGGCCGCCUGCGAGGGGACGCGGCGGCCGGGCCGGGGGCCGGGGCCGGCGCCGGGGCGGGGGCGGCCGCGGACCCAGAGCCCCGGCACCGCCUGGAGAUCGUCUUCGUGUCCUCGGACCAGGACCAGCGGCAGUGGCAGGACUUCGUGCGGGACAUGCCCUGGCUGGCGCUGCCCUACAAGGAGAAGCACCGGAAGCUUAAACUUUGGAACAAAUACCGAAUCUCCAACAUUCCGUCACUAAUAUUCCUAGAUGCCACCACAGGGAAGGUUGUGUGCAGGAACGGGCUCCUGGUGAUCCGAGAUGACCCAGAAGGUCUGGAAUUCCCUUGGGGACCUAAGCCCUUCCGGGAAGUUGUUGCAGGGCCCUUGCUUAGAAAUAAUGGCCAGUCGCUAGAGAGCAGCAGCCUGGAGGGGUCUCAUGUCGGAGUCUACUUCUCUGCACACUGGUGUCCACCCUGCCGAAGCCUCACCCGAGUGCUGGUGGAAUCGUACAGGAAGAUUAAAGAAGCAGGCCAGAAGUUUGAGAUCAUCUUUGUCAGCGCAGACAGGUCAGAGGAGUCUUUCAAGCAGUACUUCAGUGAGAUGCCGUGGCUCGCUGUGCCCUACACUGAUGAGGCCCGGCGGUCUCGUCUCAACCGGCUGUACGGAAUCCAAGGCAUCCCCACGCUCAUCGUGCUGGACCCACAGGGGGAGGUCAUCACGCGGCAGGGCCGGGUGGAGGUGCUCAACGACGAGGACUGCAGGGAGUUCCCGUGGCACCCGAAGCCCGUGCUGGAGCUCUCGGACUCCAACGCCGUGCAGCUCAACGAGGGCCCCUGCCUCGUCCUCUUUGUAGAUUCUGAGGAUGAUGGAGAGUCUGAGACGGCCAAACAGCUGAUCCAGCCAAUAGCUGAGAAGAUCAUCGCCAAGUACAAAGCCAAAGAAGAGGAGGCGCCACUGCUGUUCUUUGUGGCAGGGGAGGAUGACAUGACUGAGUCCCUGCGAGACUACACCAACCUGCCCGAGGCCGCGCCUUUGCUCACCAUUCUGGACAUGUCAGCUCGGGCCAAGUACGUGAUGGAUGUAGAAGAGAUCACCCCAGCCAUUGUGGAGACUUUUGUGAAUGACUUCCUAGCAGAAAAGCUCAAACCAGAGCCCAUCUAGUGGGCUCUGGCCUCCCGAGACAGUAUUUAAGACACGGUCUCCCCCCUUCCUCCCCUCCGCCCCUGGACUUUUCCAGCGCGUCCUGAACCACAAACCCAAGUGUCCAACCUCUGUGGUGCCUUGUUUCUGCACUAACAACUCAGCUAGCGCCCAAAGGUGCACAUCCUCACGGCGGCAGUGGAACCCCCCGCGUUCGGAGAGGGCUGGGGUUCUGUGAGGAUGGCAUGACCAGCCAGCACCGGGACUGCCGCACUCUCCUGGUCACUAGCUCUUGGUAGAGGACCUGCCAGGGUCUUCUGCAGAGUGAGCAAGCAGGGACAGUGGAUUGGGGCUCUGACUCUGGGGUUGGCACACACACCUGUGACACUCGUACCUAGGGAGUAACAGAAGAAGGGGCGUUGCCUCAGCGGACAUCGGCUGAGAGCUGUUGGUGAACACAUGCUCUGUAAGGACAUAUUCUUUCUUGGUCUGAAGGGAGAAUGCCACGUCAGUGGGUUCUUGGGCAGGGGACUUCCAAAUCUGUAAGGAAACUUGUGGGUGUUUGUUUUGGUGGGAAAAUGAAAAGCUGAGCUAACCAUUCAUAGAACGCUUACUGUGUGAUUAGUUUCUUGAUCCCCCUAUCUUUCUUCCCUGCUCUGGACCACCCCCCCAGAUUUCUGCCCAUACAAAAAUCUCCCACUAUCUUGGAAUGUUGGUAAUGAACUCUCCCUCCUGGGUGUCUUUCCAAGGUUCAUCCCCGAGUUCCUGGAGCAGUGCUGUGGGCCUCUCUGUGGGCUGCUUCUGUGCCCGAAGUCACUGGACCUCUGCAGAGGCAGCUCAGCCCAUUCCUGUUCCACGUUCUUUUCAAACUGGAUCAAAAAAGCAAUGAGAGUUUCCUUUUCUCUAGAAACCUGAAGAAAGGGCUGUGCUCUAGGGAGAAGUGAGGGCAGAGGGCAUGCCAACUAGAGUUGCCCUUGAUCUCCUUUGCUCGGCCCAGGAAGCUGAACUGACCACAAAAACGGAAACACCAGCUCUGUUCUUAGGACCUGGGCUUUGGCCUAGGGAUUCCCAGGACUUUAGUCUGUCACAGCCUGGUGUCUCACAGCACCUGGGCCUCACCCUCAGCUCCGCUCCACACUACCAGCCCAAACCACUUAUUUUCCAGUGGCCCUCCGCAACAAGCUGUUGACACUGUUCCUUGCUGAAUUGGGUUGUUGAUUUGUAGUUCAGAGGUACAACAUUAGUUGGUAAUUAGUCUGUUGGAUGCUGCCAGCCUGAAAUACAAUCACCUAGAAAGAAAUAAAGCCAGCCUCCCUGGACCUUACCCUUCA